GGGACGCAGCUCCCUAGGGCCAGGGUCGGGCCGGGAAGCGCAAGCCUCGGCUCCGGCCCCCGCACCCCGAGCGCGGGGCGGAAACCUACAAUACCCAGAAUGCCACUCCGGGAGGGGCAGGAAUCGGAAGUGAGGCCAGAGGCGGGUCUGCUGUGCGCCGCCGCUGCAGGAGGUGACGGGAUCAGGCCAGAGGACUAAGCACAUGGACUGGAAAUUGGAAGGGAGUGCUCGGGAAACAGAGUCAGACGUGCUGCAGGAGCAAGAAGCAAUCCUCGAGGACACAGGUGAAGAUGGCCUCUCUGACAGCUUCCGGCUUCUGCAGAUUGAUGUGGAAUGUGAGCAUCAGGAGGGAGAGACACUGCCCACAGGCGCUGCAGUGUGGUGCUCGAAAAAUGUCCAAAGAAAACAGAGACACUGGGAAAAAAUAGUUGCAGCAAAGAAGAGCAAAAGAAAGCAAGAGAAAGAAAGAAGAAAAGCCAAUCGUGUAGAAAAUUCAGGCAUCUGCCCCCAGCACAGCAAACGCUUUCUGAGAUCCUUAACCAAGGAGAAACUUUUGGAAGCCAAACACUCGGGACCAAGACUCUGUAUUGAUUUGAGUAUGACCCACCACAUGUCUAAGAAGGAAUUAAGUAGAUUGGCUGGACAGAUCCGAAGGUUGUAUGGUUCAAAUAAAAAAGCAGACAGGCCAUUUUGGAUCUGCCUCACUGGAUUCGCAACAGACAGUCCCCUGUAUGAAGAGUGUUUGAGGAUAAAUGAUGGAUUUUCUAGUUACCUGCUAGACGUAACAGAAGAAGACUGCUUUAGUUUAUUUCCCCUGGAAACCCUUGUGUACCUGACUCCUGACUCAGAACAUGCUCUUGAAGAUGUUGAUCUGAACAAAGUUUACAUCCUUGGUGGACUUGUGGAUGAAAGCAUUCAGAAAGAGAACUCUGAUCUUGACCAAGGAAGCAUUGACUCAGCAUUCUUACCAGCUAUUUGUUCGUGGUGAGAGAGUCGUUUUGCUCCUUCUUAGUCCAUCUUCCAUGCUGACAUGUCUUAUAAUCUCAGCGUCCAUAGUACUGUCCAGAUUUCUUUUGUUGAAUUAGAAUUUUAUUGGAAUAAUUGCAGAGUUUUUCAAUAUCCUAUCAUAUAAGUAUUUGUUGAUCAUUAUACUAGUUUAUAUUUACUAAUGAACACUGGCUAGAUAAUAAAAAUGAGGUAAUAGUUAAAAUGUAUAACACGGAAUACAGUGAGAAAUAAGUCUCCCUCCCAUCCUUGAUCCACAGUGUUCCCCACUUGAGGCAACCACUGUUUUCUUGUGUAUCCCUUUUGAUAUACUGUAUAAUCACACAAGUAUCUGUUUGUGAGUAUAUCUAUAUAUAUGUUUUUCAUAUAUGUGACUGUAUUUUAUAUAUAUUUUCUUAUAUGUAUGAGAUACACAUGUUUAACACAGAUGAUAUUUAACUGAAUUGCAUUUCUUCUAAAAAGGUCAGUGUUUCAUGACUCCAUAGUGAUAAUCUAAAACAAAAGGCGGGGGGGAUAUUCUUAAGAAUGCCAGGUAAUAAAUGAGAAAUGCAGAACAAAAUUUAAAAAAUCACUAUUUUGUCACUCCUGGGGUAAUCCUUGAUUCAGGGAAUUGAUUGAACAAAAGGCUAUUGGGGAAUCGACUCUCCACAUGGUCUCAAAGUACCACCCCGCAGAUUACAAAGGCAAAAAUGUACCAUUGCAGUAAAGUGAUCUGAAGGUCACCAUCUUAACCAAAUGACCAAACUUAGAAUCACCAGUAGUGACAUUAGAUGCCUCCUGAGGUGAUGGAAUCUCACCUGUGAAGCAUUCUUACUAGAAAAUGUUUAAAUUUAAUUAAGAGGAAUCAGAUCCAGGAUAUGAGGCAUUCUGCAAGACAACUGGACCAGACUUUCAAAAAAGUCAAUGUAAUGAAAACUAAGAUAGUCAGGGAGGUUUAGAUUAAAAGAUUAAAAAGACGUAACAGCUAAAUGCUGUCUCCCACAGUGGAGUGACAGCCCCUUUUUUGAGGCAGAAAAGUCUAGAGGGUCAGUGAGCAGCAUAUCAUCUAUAGAUGUACCGUUUUGACACAUUAUUCUCUUUUAUUUCUCCACCAUUUAAACUGAAAAACAGCUGGCACAAAGAUUUGUCAGCUGUAUACUCGUAGAACUUUUGAGUUGUUUCUGGAGAGUUUGACUUCUUCACAGAAAUAUGCUAAGAACAACGUUUCCUCAAGAGGAGUCAUUUUAUCUUUACAUGUUCGGAGAACAGAAACUAGACUGUAAGCUCCUCCAGAGCAGCAUCCUACUAACUUUGAAUUCAAAGUGAUUGUAAAGGAAUAAACUUAAAAAAAAAAACCAUCUCAUAUGUGCAAAGAGUGUUAUCCUUCAAAGAAGUUCUCUGAGUAGUUGUACCCUUAUCCCAUCUGAAUUACAUCACUUAAAACAUUUUUGGAAGUUCUCUCUUGGAAUUGUGUUUCAUGUGAGCCUGAGAGGGAGGUAAUCCAGGGAUCAGAACAAAGAAGGUGCUAGGUCUGCUUCACGCUACUCCAGUUGGUUAGACCAUACUCAUGGUGGCCAGUCAAUCAUGGGACUGUCAAUGAAAGGACAUGGAUAAGCUAGAACAAGUUCAGAAGAGGUGAUGACCUGAAUGAUGAAGGGACUCAAAACUAAAUCAUACUCAAGGAACGGAGACUAUGAGUCUGGAGACGAGAGGAGGCAUAGUGGCAUGAUCACUGCCUUCAAAUACCUGAACGGCUGUCUUGGAGAAGGGCAUUUGACUUGCUUGGUGUGGCCCUGGGGUGAUAGAACUAGGACAAUGAGUGGAAGUCUCAGAUAAAACAGAAAGUUUGGUUCAAUAUCAAGAACUUACUUUAGGUAUCGUCAAUCCCCAGGAUGCAUGAACACUCUGUCACAAGAGUUGUCCAUUUAAAGCCAGAGAACACUUGGGAGAGAGGUCACAGAGGAUAGACAAACAUGCGUGAUGGGUGGUAGAAGUGGAAUUCUUCAUUAUCGAGGCCCUGAGUAUGUUAAUUACCCCAGUAACCUAAACCUUUCUCUUUAAACUUGAAAUUGAAAAUAGGUAGAGCUUCUUACAAGGUAGCAAAUAUAAAUUCAUGACUCAGGGACAUCAGUUACUGUACUCUGACCCUAAACGGCCUCAGAUUGUUGGACUUUUUGAGUUGUCACCCCUUUCUGCAGUUUUCAGAGCCCUUCCUUUUAAUUGGGCAGUGUGCUUUCACACUUUAAUGUUGUCAUGCUGCUAGUGUUGUACCUGACCUAAAUCCUGUCCCCCUCCUCUCUAAUUUGCUACCAAUUGCCUCUGAGCUGAAAACUCCAGAUAUCCAGAACUGGGUUUCACUGAGUUAGGGCCAAGCUUGUUCUCCCAACUGCUUGGACUUUUGGAUGCAAAUUGUGUCUGUAGAUAUGGCUCCUUUUACUUCUUUCCUUCUUGGUUGUAAGUAGUAGUGAGUGGAAGCUCGUGAAUAAAGGACUCCCAAGUGAGGUGUUGCCACACAAGCCAUUUCUUACUUGGAACAAACAUUCUUCAUGAUCAACAGGAGUCUUAAUUAUCUGCAGUUUCUUCCUUCCUACCGUAGGCUACUUGUUUUUAAUACACUUAUCAUUAAUUAUGAUUACAGAUGGCAAUUGGAGUGGUGGUAAAUGGGGAUUCUUACAAUUUGCUGUGCAUAUUACAGUGAUAUCUUUGUGUAUUAUUUAUUUUUUUUUUUCAAGGGGAACAGGACUUUA